AUGGCUACUCCAACUCGUCGGCCGGGAAACCAGACUCCACAAACCUCCGAUUCCCGCCUAGGUCCAGCGGCUCCACCAAGAUCGUCUUCAUAUGCCGCGGACUCGACUGAAUAUAACAGCGACGACGAAAAGCCUGUGCCAAGGUCGACACCGCAUCGAAAGCGGGACAGCGGCCAUCUUCUGCGCUCUCCACAACCAGAAGGCGUCGCCGAUGUGCAUCAGCUCUACAACACCGAUGCGGCGAGGAAGCUCGAAGAUAUGGAAGCUCGCCUACAGAGCAUGCAUCUGCAGGCCAAAGCAGGCGUUGAACGCCUCAUCGCCGCAGUGCGCACGCAGCUGUACGCACUCGAAGCCCAGCUAGCUACGACAACCGGAAGAGAUCUGUCGAGGCAAGCGAAGGACGACUGGGAAGUGGUGUGUAGGCUGACCAAGGAGCUGAACGAAAAAUUGCGUGCGUAUGGAAUGCCCAAGAAAUGA